CCCACAUGCGUGUACCUAAUGUCACGCAUCGCUGUACAUAUGGAAAUCGAAGGAACGGCCCAGUGUCCAUCGCAAGUGAUGCUGGCUGCUGCUCUGGGCUGUGAAGAAUUAGGAAUAGCUAAUAAAUUACUAGCGCAAAGUAUAUUUGGUCUUUGGAUGACCAGCGCACUUUUAGAAAUCCAAUUGAAAUCCCAUCAUCGACCUUAUGUAGUUAGAAUAGCGUGGCAAAGUCUGCUCGAUAAAUUCAGCCAUGGCAAUCCAAUUGAAAAGAAAUACGACGAACCAAUGAUAAUGCUCAAACGGAACGUGUUCUUUUCAAAAAAGGAUGAAGAAAAAAUCAAAGACCAUCGGAUAUUGGAACUACUGUACGAGGAGGCGAAACACAAUGUGCUAACAGGUCGAUAUAUCAUGGAGCCUGUGCAUUCGGUCAUGCUUGGCGGAAUACAGGCUCGGAUAGAAUUGGGUCCCUACAAUUCGCACACCCACACAAUCAGUUAUUUUAGAGAGAAUCAAUCACGAUUUCUGCCACAACACGUUGCCAAAAACUCCAGUUGGUCCUGGUUGCCAGUUAGUCGUAAGAAUUCGGCGGAAGUCAAACUUUUAGAACAAUAUAAGCGAGUGCCACAGACAGCAACGACGAGGAAACUCAUGAGGAAAUACUUGGAAUUUUGUUGGGCGCUUCCUUUCUACGGUGCGGCAUUUUUUCAUGGUCAAGUGGAGCAGCCAGUUCGUGGUCUUAUGAGCUUAGUGAAUCACAAGGAUGUUUCAGUGAUUGUUGCGAUAAACGAGCGUGGUAUUUUCAUCAUUGAUCCGGUGGAAUACACACUGUUGCUGGGCUUAAGAUAUGAAGACUUAUCCUGGGAUUUUGCCAAACCAAGUGCGAGUGAUGAUCCCGAAUGCCAGACGUGUAUAUUUCUACAGUUCGAUGCGGUGGAAAACGGAAUCCAAAUAUCAAAACUGAUGCAAAUAUUCUCAAGACAAGCGGCUAUGAUGGAUGCCUUAAUUGCUCAUUUUGCGGAACAAAUGAGACGACGACGAGAAGGUGGUGAUGGAAAUGUUACAGAGCAUAUCCAUGAUGAACCAAAUCCAAUUCAAAACAAUGGAAAUGGGGUUCUGUGCAAUAAAUUAUCCCGCCUGACAUUAGCAACAUUCGAUGAUGAAGGACGUUGUAUUGGACAAAUGGGAUCAUUAUCAAUAAGUUAUUAACAUUAGUUUGUUUAGGUAAAAAAUUUGUUUUUGUUAUUUUGUUUUUUAUUAUUAUUAUUAUUAUCAUAUACAAAAUAGUUGUUAUAAAUUAUUAUUAUUAUUAUUAAAAAUAAAUAAAACAAAAUAUCAUACUUCUGUAUAUCUUUUUUGGAAAAAAAUAAAAAAUACAACAAAAACCAACAAAUUCUUUUUUAUACGGGUAUGAUUGAUUUUUUGUCUGAAACUACUUUAUACGAAAACAAAACUUAUAAGAAAAUAAAACAAAUUCAGUUGUAUUUAUAAUCUUAUGUCUGUAAAAAAUUAAUUAAAAAUUUAAAUUAAACAAAAGAGAGUUAAACUUAAAACAAAAAAACUAAGCAAUGGAAAGAAGGAUUACUUUUUUAAAAAAAAGUAAAAAUGUGAUGAAGCUCACUUGAAAUACCAACGAAACAAAAAUAAAAUAUGUAUGAAAACCAAAAACAAAAAUGUAAAGAAAAGUUGUAUAGUUAAAAAUAGGAUUUUAUGUAAUAAAUAAAAAAUAAACAACAUUACAAAAUUUAUAAUAUCACUUAUUUAUUUAUUUUUGUCAUAAUUUGAGAAAAAAGAAGAAAAUAUAUUUUGUUUUUAUCUUGAAGAUAAGUUAUUAUAAUUUUUUUUUUAAAUAAAUUGUAAAUUUAAAUCCAAGCCAAUCUUUAACUCUUCCAAAACAAUCAUUACGACCUUAGACUACAGUUUUGUUUAAUUAUUUAUUAUCUUAAUUAAUUCAUAUUUUUUUUUAAUUUUAUUUACUAAACCUUAUAAAUUAGAUUAUUUUUCAAAAUAUAUUUUAACCAUUACAUUUAAAUCCGAUGACACUUGGACAAAAGCUUCACGUUUUUUACCACACAAAAGCAUAUUUGAAAAAAUAAAAAUAUUUAUAAAAAGUAAAUCAAAGUGAAUAAAGCCUUCCGACUGACUGGUUAAAAAAAACAAAAAGAAAUUAAUAUUCCAAUUGAAGGAAAUAUUUGUAAAAAUGUAAAAUUUUAAAAUAGAAUAAUUAAUUUAAAUAUUUAAAAUAAUUUAAAAACAAAAACAUGAAGCAUUAAUAAUAUUAUACACUUCGUACUUGUACCACCACGUGAUUUCAUAAUUAACAAACAAGAAAUGAAACCAAAAAGAUUAAUAGUUAUAUGAGAAGAAAAACAAAAAUAAAUAAGGAAAAAUUCCCAUCCCCCCUCCCCACAAAAAUGAAACCAAAACAUGUACCACUACAAAAGUAAACAAAUACAUUACCAAAACACACACACACAUACAUACACAAAUACCAAGAUAUAUACAUAAAAAUAUAAAUAAAAAGUGAAUCAAUAAAAUUUUAAAUUUAAGUAUAAAUAAAUGAAAUAUUUAAAAAAUAAAAAAAAUUAAAUUAAUGACGAAACGGUAAAACUUAAAUAUUAUUAAUUAAUAUUAUUAUUAAAAAUAAGGAUAUUCGCAUAUUGUAAAAAAAACAAAACCUUAAUGAUAAAACAAGUAUUUAGGUAUUAUUAUUUUAUCAUAUAAUAAAUUAAUUAUAUAUAAAAAAAAUAAAAAUAUUAAAAAGAAGGAAAAAUAAUUGUUUUCUCGUAUUUAAUAUAAAACAAACCAAAAAACAAAACAACAACAAGCAAAAUUGAUAAAUAAGGUAACAAAAUCAGAGUACGCAUAUUAUAAGCUGAAAAGAAUGAAUUAAAAAAAUAUUAAUAAUUUUUCGGAAAACUUAUAUAUUGAACAAAAUAAAAAAUGUAAGAAAUAUAAAAAAAAUUAAAAUUUAAACAAAAAAAACAGACUAAGGAGAAAAAAGUGCGUAUAUAAAAAUACAUAUUUUAAAAUAAAUACAUUUUUUCAAUAAAAAACAAACA